GCUCCAAAUGUGGUUACCCAGGUCCCAGUCUCAUCUUACCCAAGUAAACAAGAGGGAAAAACAGAGGUUUUGCCGGCAUGCGCAGUAACCCAUGCUAAGAAGAAGAAAGUGAAAGGUCUGGGUAAAGAAAUCACCCUCCUCAUGCAGACCCUCAACACACUGAGCACCCCCGAGGAAAAGCUUGGAGGCCUUUGCACGAUGUACGCCGAACUGUUGGAAGAGAACCGUAACACUCAGAAGCAGAUGAAGGUGCUGCAGAACCAGCUGGUCCAGGAGAAAGACAACCUGAGGAACGAGCACAGCAAGGCCAUCCUGGCCCGCAGCAAGCUGGAAAGCCUCUGCACGGAGCUGCAAAGACACAACCGGACACUCAAUGAGGAAGGAAUCCAAAGAACGCGGCUGGAGGAGGAGAAGAGGAAGGAGGUGACUUCUCAUUUCCAGGUGACGCUGAACGACAUCCAGACUCAGAUGGAGCAGCACGACGAGAGAAACGCCAGCCUUCGACAAGAGAACGCAGACCUGGCAGAAAAACUCAAGAAACUCUACGAACAGUACAAACUGCGCGAGGAGCACAUCGACAAAGUGGUGAAGCACAAAGACCUGCAGCAACAGCUGGUGGAUGCAAAGCUGCAUCAGGCACAGGAGCUGCUGAAGGAGUCGGAGGAGCGGCACGAGAGAGAGAAAGACUUUCUGCUAAAGGAAGCCGUAGAGUCUCAAGUGAUGUGUGAGCUGAAGUUACAGAGUACCUGUUGGUCUCCUCUCUUAAGGGGGGAGGUGUGACGACCCACCCUGUCUUAACAGGGUGUUCUGUUCAUGUGCAGGAGGAGGGGACCAGCCUGCAUGGGUGUGCCUAGAGGAGGAGGCACACCUGACUCCAAUCAGGCCCAAUAUUUAAGCAGGCUGGUCAGGGCCAUUUGGCCUCUCUCCCCUGCUCAGUAAGCAUGGUUUUCUUUUGGUUGUUUUGAGUUUGUUUGUCUUUAGUUUUCUGCACUUGCACAUACACUACACUUACACACAUCCACACCUGCCAUACACCACUGAUCAAACUGAUGACUCACACCUCAC